AUGAUGCGAUAUCAAAAGAAUAUUGACAUCCUUUCAUCGGAAUGGGAGCUUGAUAUCAAGCAGCGAAGAACCCUCCAAAAAGUCACAGACGACUCAACAUGCCUUUUGAAUAGUCUUCUCGCCAAGCUUGAUAAGUUCCGAGUAAUUGGAAGUAGCAGUACGGGCAUGGUCCAACAUGCGAAGAAAGCCUGGACAAGAUUGAACUGGAGCAAUGGUGAUGUCCAAGAAUUCCGAACACAGUUGUCGCUCAAUCUUGAACUACUCGGUGCUGCCUGGAGACAGAUAUAUAGCCAAAGAUUUUCCAAAUUUGAACUAAAAAACGAUCAUAUCACCGAGCGAGUAGAUCAGCAGCAUCUUCAUGAAAUACUUGAUUGGUUCGGGCCUUCUGACAAUGGGUCACGCCAAAGCUCUUUACUAGAUCAACACGAAGAGGGAACCUGUGAAUGGUUUCUCACCUCAGCCAAGUUCCAGGACUGGAUCAAAAGCCAAGAUGGACUUUUGUUCUGUCCAGGCCUUCCUGGAGCAGGGAAGACAUUCCUAGUCUCCAUUGUGAUUCGGCAUCUUCAAAGCCUCUUCAGCAAUGACGGCAACACCGGCAUAGCCUAUCACUACUGUGACUUCAGGCAUCAGGACAGCGAAACCAUUAACCUCAUUCUCUCGGGUAUCCUCAAGCAGCUUGCUCAGUGCCACGAGUCUCUGCCAGAGGCAAUGAGGACUUUGCAUACCACGCACAAGAAGAGAGACACUCGGCCUUCGCUAAAAGAGAUUAAAAUCAUUGAUGGCCUUGAUGAGUGUCUCGUGUGGAGAGAGCUCAUGACGGAGCUUAGAAGCUUACAAGGCGUUAAUAUUUUGGCGACCUCUCGUGUCAUCCCUGAGAUUUCCAACGACAAGGGAUUGGAAGGGAGUACUGUAUUGGAAGUACAUGCCAGGGAGACAGAUAUUCGUAAGUACCUUGCUAAAACCCUGCCGAAACUUGGUAGAUUCGUCGUGAACAACGAACAGCUUCAAGAGGAUGUCUAUAAAGCGAUCCCAGGAGCGAGUGGAGGGAUGUUCCUUCUGGCACGACUACAUCUUGAUUCUCUUCAAGGUCUAAUGUCUGUUAAAAGGCUAAAAGAUGCCCUCAGCACCCUGCCAACCGGUGCAUCAGCAUACGACAAAGCCUAUCAGUGUGCUCUUGAAAGAAUAGAGAGCCAGCACGAACACCGAGUAGCCGUCGCUAAGGAUGUUCUGGCCUGGCUGACUUUUGUAAAAAGGCCUCUCACUAUUGAAGAGCUCCGAACAGCUGUUAUUAUCCAGGAGGCAGACUUGGAUAUUGAUGAAGACAGCUUAAUGGAUAUAGAAGAUAUGGUUUCUGUAUGUGCGGGCUUAGUGGCCGUUGACGAGCAGAACGGCAAAGUUAAUCUUAUUCAUUACACGACAAAAGAGUACCUGAGGCGAACGUGGCCCAUAUGGGCAAACACACACCUGAAAUUCCUGAAUGCAGACAUGGCCAUUGCAACGACAUGCCUCACUUACCUGCUGUUCCCCGUCUUUGACGUCGACUUUUCGGAGAUGGACCGGCUUUCGCAGAGCAAAGAAAUCGGGACACAGGUCUUUCCGCUCCUGGAAUAUUCUCUCAGCCAUGGUGCGCUUCAUGCUCGAGUCGCUAGUGCCAACUGCCCAUCCAUUGAUAGACUCCGCUCUUCGGAUUCAAAGGUUUCAGGAAAUUGGUUACUAUUGAAUGCAAAGUAUGGAGAAGGUCAGGGAGAAGGUACUGCCGAAUGGCUCAUAGAACAAGGCGUCACUGCUAGUGUCCGAGAUUCAGAAGGGAGGACCGCUUUCCAUUAUGCUGUACUCAACGGCUGGGCAGAUUCUGUCGAGUGUCUGCUCAAAGGAGGAGCUGUUAUGGACUUCGACGUCAAGAACAUGACUCCUUUUCACUACGCAGUCAGCACCGGUAAUGAAGCGAUCGUUAAGGUCUUCCUCGGCGCCAAAGUACCGGUUGAUCUGCCAGUGACGAGACAGCUUCACACAUCCCCUUGUCAAGAGAACAAGGCGAUAUAUGUUACAAAAAAUAAUGAGAAGAUUGUCCUCGGUAACUCAUGCUCAGAGCAAGGCUUAACUCCGCUGCAUCUUGCUGCCAUAACAGGGAGCCAAAACAUGACGAAGUUCCUUCUGGAUCACGGGGCGAACCCAAAUUUUCCUUCGCACAGUGGCGAAACGCCGCUGCAUCUAGCUAUGAAGGAAGAUUUAUAUGGGCCAAGAUGGAUGGACUUCUGGAAUGAUCCGGAUAAUCGCGUGGAAUGUAUUCUUGGGUGGAUCGAUCCAGAGGAGGAUGAGGACAACUAUUACUCAACUAAGGCCUGGAUUCGAAAGGAAAGGUCGGCGAUUAUUGAACUACUGUUGGACAACCCCAAAACCGACAUCAAUGCCCAAGACAUCUUUGGCAUGUCUCCGUUGCAUAUUGCGGCUGGCAGAAAGGACUUGACUGCGAUGGUGUUCCAGAUGCUCAUCGACAGAGGUGCUGAUAUCUCUUUGUGCACAACGGAAAGCAGAACGCCAUUACAUGUCGCCAUUAUGAGCAAGAACGUCAUUGCUGUUUCAUACCUUCUCAAGAUUGGGGCUGAUCCUAGGGCUGAGGAUGCCAACGGGCUUAACACUUUGCAUUACGCGGCUCAAGCUCGCCACUUACAAAUACUGCAAAAUUUGCUGGCCACCAUUCCCGACAUUCAGAUGGAAGCCUUCCUGAAUCGGCAAGACAAAAAGGGGAAGAAUGCUCUUCACCACCUCUUGAGAAAACAUGGUGUUGAAAUUCCUGUCACCCGAUAUCUCCUGGAACGAUGUAAUGGCAUCAACGAUCUCGACAGCGCAGGAAUGUCGCCCGUGGCGUUAUACAUUAGUGCCAAUGUCCUCUUUUCGCGCCAGGAUGACAAAUAUUUGCUAGAUCUUUUGUUUAGCUACGGAGCAGAUCCCAGCUUCAAAACUACAGAAGGGUUGGGUUUGGUGCAUUUAGUCGGCACUUCGCGCCGAUGCUCUGUGGGUGUACUCCAGACAUUGGCAAAAUGGGGCAUAGACCUAAGAUCUUUGGAUACACAGGGUCGAACCGUUCUUCAUCAUAGUUCCAUAACAGGAACUCUGGUAGAGGAUGUCCUACACUUUCUUUACCGUGAUAUAGAGCUGGCUGUGGGUUGCCGUGACGUGCAUGGGAAGACAGCUUUGGAUUAUGCCCUUGAGGAGAAACAGAAGGAACAUAGCCCCGAUCUCUUUGACCCAAGCCGAUGGAUCAGGGCGGAGAAGCUACUUCGUGGUGUAAAAGUCCAAGUGUAG